GAAAGAAGCAUUGAAGAUCUUAAAGAUCGUUAUUAUGAUUCCAUCACCAGACUUUUAAAGGUACAGUAAACCUGGCAUUUUUGGGAACUACACACGUAAAAACGCACAAGUUGUACAGGUCUACAAACAAGUUGUUACAAAACUGUUCACAAGUUGUCGACUACAGUACUUGUGUUCGCACUACUUGUUUCCCAGUUGUAACAAGUUCGGAACAAGCUGUUAACAACUUGUAACAAGCUUGAUGAUUUAAUUAUCAGACUCGUUACAAAAUUGGUCUAACAAGUCUGAUACAGUCAUGAUAUAACAAAAAUGUUACAAGGUUGUUACACAAGGUUGUAACAAUAUUGUUAUAUCUUGACUGUAUCGGACUUGUUGGACAACUUUGCAACAUGUCUCAUGAUAAUACUGUAUUAAUUAACAAGGUUGUUACAGCUGUUAACCAGUUGUUCCAUACUUGUUGACAACUUGGGACAAGCAGUGCGAACACAACUUGUUGACGGCUUGUUGGCAGGCUUGCUAUACAAGAUGUGCGAUUUUUGCGUGUGUAGAAUGGUGAAAUAUGACUAAUAACUAGAAAAUACAUGCAUGCAGAAACCCUCGCCUUGCUCACAAAACCAUUGCAAUUUCCGAACAUGAAGAUGAUCUAAAGUAGUUGUCAUGGUAACACGAUAAUUUUUAAGAAUAUUCUUACAAAUGAAACAUUGCCUAAAAAUAUCACUUUUAAUUACAAAAUUAUCAAUUUACCAACAUAUAUAUGUUAGGUAUGUUGUUAUACGUAAUAUAAGCUUCAAUUUAAGGUAAAAUUCAACCACAAACGCUUCGCAAAACGUUUUAAAGUGUUCUUUAUAAAACUAACUAAAUUGCGUUUAUUAAUUAAAUGGCUUUAUCGAUAAACUUUGAGUUUGCAAUAAAAUGAUUUCAAAUUUCUCGCAUGCAAAUUACUUUGCUAACUUUUUUAUUUAAAAAAUUCAAUAUAAUAAAAAUGGGAAUCAAUAUUAAAGAUACACUGAAAUUAUAUACUGUCUUGUUUAGUUGUUUCAUAUACGCAAAGGCCGUCGGGUUUUAAAACCAUUAUAAAAUCAAUAUUUAAAACAAACUUACCUUCGUUAACGUCGGCUCCCUUCUUUUAGCCGAUUCUUUUGGGGGUUUCUUUCUGAGAGAGCUUUUGAAAUUUACAAAAUCUUGCAAAAAUGCGAGCAAAAAUGAAAUAUAUUUGCAUGAAAUUUAUCAAUCAUCAAAUAAAGAAAUGUUUGUUAUUUCGCUGUCGUCAUGCAGUCGUUAUAAUGCAAACUUUAAAUUGGACCAAUCAGUGUUCGCUAUUCAUGACAGUCCGCCACAUAUUUUGAAAUCAGUAAGGAUGACCACCCACCGAAACAUCGUUGGUGAGCCACGCCCGCGAUAUUUGGUGAACUUUAGACUUCGCUAAUGCUUUCGUUUUCCCGGGUGUAAAUAGCCGGGGGGAAUUAGUACCCUCGCACGGCGCUUCGCGCCGUCGGCUCGGGGAUGAUAGGUCUGACUUCAUGAAAUCUGACUGCUUGAUUCUCGCAUGUCCAAAUUUCCCUUAGGGACGUUCACCGGCAGGAACCGAACCAGAAAAUCUCCCAACAUCUUAUGAUGCAGAACACGAGAAAACCCGCAAGAAACAACUCUUGCAAUUAUUUAACAGAACUCCCGAGCAGGUGAGAUCAUAACUCAAACAAAAGAAAGUAUUCGUGGGUUUCAUAUGACGUCAUGUGGGGGUCAAGGGUCUGUAUCAAGAUAUAGGAGAUCUGUAGGAGAUCUGCUGUUUAUAACAGAAUCGAAUUGAAAGAACAUUUUCCACUGACGACAGAGAAAAUUAUAAUUAUACAACAACAGUAACUGAAUCCCCAUGAGUGGUGAUAAGUGAGUAUCCAGAGUGGAGCUGUGCGGUUCCAGAAAUUUCAUCCCGGUUUCGGUCUUUUGGGGGCAAAAGAACCUCGGUUCUUUCCUCAAAAAAUUGUAAACAACUCCCAACAAGUUAAAUGAAAAAAGCAUCUCCAUUGAUUAUGGGAUAGACUGGAGAAAUAGAUAUAUUCUGAAAAUAAAGAAAUUUUUCUUUAGCAUUUUGCAGUUUUUUCGACACGAAGCGGCGACAUGUGGGGGAUCCGAAACUACCAGUUCUUUUGCGCAUGCUCGGUGCCGACUUCCGGUGCCAAAAUAAGUACCGAAACCGACCAAAUAUUUCGAUUAACCACACAGCUCUAACCCGGAGAAACUUUAUUUAAAAGCUGCAUUCUUAUGUGGAUUGUUUCUUUCUAGAUCCAAGAAGAAGAAUAUUUAUUGGCUGAGCUAAAGAAAAUUGAAAUUCGUAAAAAGGAAAGAGAAAGAAGACAGCAAGAUUUGCAAAAACUCAUCACAGCCGCUGAGAGUACGACUGAGGCGAGGUUAGUUAUACAGCCUAACUUACAUCAGUGUUGUCCACAUGCAGGUAUACUCAGUAAAACAUGUGGUGUAUCAGUUAUGCGAUGAUUUGGAGGUAAAUAGUAUAAAUCAAAAGCCUUAGGUAUCCAAUGCAAAGAGAGCAACUCUGUUCCCAAUAUAGGCUAGCUGCAGCCCACCCGUGUUAUUCCUGUAUCUGGAAAACCAAUGGCAUACUCACGUUUUCUCAUUUUGUUGUGCUGACUGUAUACAUGUACAAGUACAUGAUUGCUUAAUGUAAAUACGUUUUAUACGGGGAAUUUACAUUAAACUCUUAUUUCCACUGUUAGAAAUCAAGAAAAAGGUCGACCUAGUAAUCAGAAUAAGAAGAAACAAACGAAAAAGAAAGAAGCGGUGGUUGAGAAACCUGCCAAGGUAUUUGACAUCAAAUCGUUAACUUUGAUAACCUCCUGUGUAUGACAAAAUCCUUUACCAACAGACAAUUUCGCGAAACAUAAGAUGAAACACAUUCCAAUAUUAACAUCUUGUAAACUUACUAUUCGAUCUAUUUAAACAAGGUGUGUGUCAUCUGUAUAUAUGAUAGCCCAUUAGUUAUUGUUAUCGUAUUUUUGUUUAUAUUCGUUUUACUGACGUAUAGUUCGUUUCAUGGUGCACCACAGUCACUCUUCUGAUAAAAGGCCUUCUCUCAAAGUGUCGAUAAGUACUUACUGGUAUACUACUCUUAACAACUGAGUUGUUGACGUCUUUGAUUUUCUCAAACAAACAGCCCCUCUCUAUCAGAAAAAUUAGGAGGAAAAGUUACCCUAUUCUUUCAUCAUCCCCGCUUUGUUGUCCCAACAGUUUAAUGAAGUAAGAUAUGUUAAAAUUCGUGGCACCUCUUCUUAGUCAUUGUUCGUCCACACUUUGGAUACGCAACCCAGAUUUGUCCCCACAAUCAAUGUAUUGAGCUCAUCAUGCGAGCCAAGAGAGUCCAACGACGUAUGUUUAAUCUGCCAUUCCAGACUAAUAUACCUUCUAAGGAACGUUUAAAUUCCCUCCGUGUACAGUACAUCCUCUUUCAUACUGGGACGAAUCCUUGAGCUGGUACUUAAUUCUCUACAAGAUCGUUCACAUCCUUAUAGAGAUCGAUCCAGACCUCAAGUGAACUCAUGUUUUAGCUAGACGAACCCGUGUCACUUCUAAACUCAACUUACUAUAUGCAGUACGUUUAAUCGAAGAGAUUCAAAACUGGAACUUUCCCACGCUCAUUUUUCCAAUAACCAUUCAGAAUUUCAAUUUGGAAUAAGCUACCGGAGAACACGCGCCAUAUAAAUACAAUGUUAGCACGCUUUGGAACUAUGCUGCUACAGUACUAUCAUGAUACAGCUUUAGUGACAUACUUCACGACACAAUAUCUUGUUGCAGUUAAUAUUUUUAUUUAUGGGAAGUAAUUGGUUAAAUUGAAUAAACAAAAACACCUUACUUUUAGAUUAUGGAUUUAUGGUCUCAACAAGGCAGCUUAUCUUAGGCCUUUCCUAGAGCUGUUUUAAAACAUAUUGCACAUUGAAUACUGUUGUUAUAUUUCAGAUUGAGGGAGCUGGAAUCAAGUUUCCAGAAAACAAAGCAGCGGGAGUUUCUCUUCGUAGUUCCCGAGUAAGUUAUAUGUUCAUAUAAGUAAUUCUUUAAAUUAAGUAAAAAACAGAAAUUAUACUUUUUAAUUUAGCUGCAUUACAGCAACGUCGUUUUUAGAGGUCUCUAUGACUGAUGUUAAUUACACCAUAUCUUAAAUACUUCAUGUAUUGUAUUCAUUCUAGCUCAAAAUGCCAAAUUCAGUUGGUACGAAGAAGUCGAAAGCUGUCGAAAUGUUACUGGAUGAACUUAGAGUUGGUAUGUAUAUCAUAUAUUUGUUUUAAAUUCCGUGUUGAGCCACCUUAACAACAAUUGCUUUGUUUUUUUGUAGAACUGAUUCCUAUGCCAACAGAGGAAAUAUGCAAGAAAUUCAACGAAUUAAGGUAAAAAUAUUUUCUUUAACUUCUCUAACGGAAUGAUGAGCAAUUUACUAAAAUCAUGUAUUUUUGCUUAAUUUAGAAAUGACAUCAUUCUUCUUUAUGAUCUGAAGCAAGCGUCUACAAAUUGUGAAUUUGAAUUACAAUCUUUAAGGUACGUUCGGACAUGCUGUCAUUACUCUGUAUGGAAUUUGUUGUAGUUUCGUAUUGCUUCUCAUUUAUACCUUUAAUCAGUGUUAUUUGGUCCCUUAAAAGUAAAUCACAUUUUAAUUAAUAGUGGUAGUAUAUCAUGUUUCAACAGUAUAUUGCUUAUUUUUAGACACAGAUAUGAGACACUCGUGCCUGGCAAAGAUAUAGCAGAAACAGGUAUGUAUAAUAACUUCAUAUUUUAAUAUAACGUUAAAACUUUGGUUUGUCAUAUGCUUACAGUAUCAUAAUGACAGAUCAUCAUUAUCAUCAUUAUCAAUUGUGGUCAUAAUUAUCGUAAUACAGUAGUAGCAUGCGUUCUUGGGGGGUCGAUAAGGAAUCAAUGGAUGUGUCAAAAUCUAGUAAGAUUGUCACACCAGAAAUCAUCGUAUGCGCAUCUUAAGAUGCGCAUACGAUGAAGAGUAAUGCGUGUCUUCUUAUGUUUGGACGCGCAUGUAUCGUGGCGUUACAUUGUAUUAGUUUAGUUCCUGAACACUAGGAUAGAACUAACGACUUUGCACACAAAAGGAAACUCUAUACGGUUCAUUACGAUAUGGGUGAAGUAGAAAGCCAAAGUUAUGUCCAAGUGGGAUUUUAACCUUGACCUGUAAUAAGGAAAUCUAUUGGCUCUCUCCAUGCACUCAUCGCAAAAUAAACUCGCAAGCCCGAGUUGACUCUUGUGAUGAAUGGAAAGAGGCUUAAGGGCAAAUUAUUAAUUUUGUAUGUAUUGGACUUCUUUCUUUAUUUUUUCGCUUUAGUUCCAUCUUCUAUCGCAGCUUUGAGUGGAGUGAGUAUAUCUUUAUUUUAUGCAUGGAAACCAAGAUAGUGCUUUACACUUGGAUUUACAGAUUUAAAUUUGACAAGCGCAGCAAAAUAUUGCAUAUUUUACCACAAUAGACUGGUCUUAAAUGCAUGCAGUACAAAGUAUGCACGCAUGCCUCCAACAGACUACAACAUCUAUACAUGCAUCCAACUGGACAAAACCUAACCCUGAUCCUAACGUCUGACUGGACACAAUAAUAAGCAUACAUAGAUUCAGGUUGUCCUACGACCGUUUGAAGAAUUGAAGUACCUCAUAAAUUCGUGUAGUCUGAACCGCGGGCUUUGCCAAAAUUCACAGCCACAGGUGCUUUAAAAGUAUAGCUACCACUAACCCUGACCUUCGAAAGAAAACGACGACUGGGACCCAGGCAAUUAUGCGCUGUUCUCGCGUCGUCAUGAUAAUGCCUUUUGAGUAAAAGCUAUAUAUGCCUAGACUGGUAUAGCCUGUAGGGAAUGUUAAGUGGGCGAUAUUUAGUAAACAUGUCUUUAAUAUUUUAAAAACCUAACUUAACGUGUACUGUAUUCUCAAUCUAUAGAUAACUCCGUCAACCACAGGCAGUGCAACGCCACUGAUUGACAACGUAAUUGCUCCUUUGGCAGCCGCAAAUGCCGUAAGUUUUCGUUUUCUUAUUUCCAGUAAUUUCCUGAAGGUAAUGCGUUUUCCUAAAUCUUCGCGAACUGCGAGCCAGUAAUUUGAGAAUGUGUAUAAAGCCAUUUAAAGGUGAAACCAUACAGUAAGUACGACAAAAUCGUGGCUACAACCUGUCUAAUCACUUUACUGUUGGGUAAAUCUCUUCAACCUUGUUCUGUUUAAUGCUGCACGUGGUCCUCGCCGUGUGCAGAGGUACAACGCCGAAGUGAAAGAGCCUAAUGGCACAAUCUGCAGACAUGCAUGUUUCGGCGUCCUAUAAACUUGCCCCAAGUCUCUCUCAAAUGGGUUUUGAUAGGGUAUAUCCAGUUUAUUAUGAGAUCAGUUUUGAACUCUCCGUUUCAAGUUCAAAACUGAUCUCAUAAUAAACUGGAUAUACCCUAUCAAAACCCAUUCGAGGGAGACUUGGGGCAAGUCUAGGCGUCCUACGCCUCAUCAGUGCAGCUUGGUACACAUCUAAACACCGGUUCAUGCAUGAACUGGGCCUACAGUUGCAUUUUUCGCAGCUGAGUGCUUCUCGUUAGAUCUAAAACAUGUACAAUAAUUAGACCACUGAUUUACACUUGAACUUUCCAACUACAAAACCAUGUUUGCCAAGUGGCCAACCUCGCUAGGACUUUGAGUCCUUUCGUUAGCCUCUCAUCAUGCAAGUUACUCAAAUUGUUUGUGAUCACUUUCACUUUGUAUUAUUCAUAUGCGCUAAUAUGUUGUUAAUAAUUAACUUCAUGAAAUUUUCUAAAUAAAUAAAUAUGCAACAGAAGCUAAUUUGAAUUGUUACUUGCACGCAUAAGUUACAAAAGAUGAUCAGUUGUUGUUAUUACUUCGUGCUACGUUAGCUGGUACAGCAGUUAUUCGGGUUAACUCGAUGCUGUGGUAGUUUAUGCUCACAUAAUUUAAUAUUUUGCUCUAUAUUCUUGGCAAGGCAGUUCAUGUAAUAAACAGCAUCAGUUACAUAGUGUAUAUUCAUGUCAAAUCAUUUUGUUCAUUGUAGAGAAAACGUCGAAGUGUCCCUCAGUUUAUGGACCAAAAUCCUCUAAAGAAAAAGAAGACCUGA